AUGGAGGCUAGGGUAUUCCACACCGUUCAAGAUGUGUUGGCAGGGGAGGCUCGACUUGAUCAGGCGCUUGUACGCGAUAAGCGCGUCCCCAAUUUCGAGCUUCUUUGCAUUUCCAAACCUCGGUCCAAGAUUGAUUUGAAUUUCAGCGGCAAGUCGCUGAUUCUCCUUGUGGAAGCCUUAAGAGAGCGCGAGGAGGGGUGCCCAGAUUUCAUUCUCCUGGACUGUCCGGCGGGGAUCGAAGCUGGUUUCAUAACAGCAAUUACGCCGGCCAACGAGGCGAUUAUCGUGACCACGCCGGACGUGACGUGUCUGAGGGAUGCCGACAGGGUUGCGGGGCUGUUGGAGUGCGACGGGAUAACGAACGUGUCGCUGUUGGUGAACCGCGUGCAGGCAGAUCUGAUCAAGCAAGGCCAGAUGAUGUCCGUCGGGGACGUCAGGGAAAUGCUCGUGAGUCCAUUGGCUCCGCACCUCUCCUUAACCCUCCCUCCGCCCCCUUUUCAAUCCCCGUUCCCAUCACUCGCUCGUUUCCUCCAACCCAUUUCCUCCUCCCUCCCUUUGCAAGUACUUUUGAGUGCUGUGCUGUUUUUUCACCUUCCCUUUGUUUGCGGACUUCCGCUGUUGGGGGUUAUUCCGGAAGACACAGCAACCAUUGGUGCAUCCAACCAGGGAAUGCCGCUUGUGCUAAAGAAGCCACCUACCAUGGCAGGCCUGGCAAUGGAGGCUGCAGCUUGGCGGCUGGCUCAAGGGGAGCAGAUGGAUGUGGUUGUGCUUCCGGAGGAGAAGAAAGGGUUUCUCGCCUUUUAG